AUGAGGAUACGACCCGCGGCGCUCAUUCUCAUUUUAGCCCUUUUGACUAGCACCAAUGUCACCAUAUGCGAAGCGCAUAAGAUAGACGAUGUAACCCAGGGGGGCAACAAAGGAACAAGUGGAGGGGGGAGCAACUCCGCCCCCCCUUCGAAAAACAAGCCCCCAAAUGAUGGGUCCAAUAAUGAUGAGAUAUCCUUUCCAACCAAAACGAUAUCGUUUAGUAUGCCCCCCACUUUGGAAGGCGGGGGAUCUAAGAAUGACAGUGCGGGGAGUGCAGACCAAGUGGGAGGAACAACGGGUGGCUCUCCCCCAUCGAGCAAUAACGCUACCGGAGGGAGCAGCAACUCCAGUGGCAAGAAAGCAGGGAACACACAUAUUCCCUCACGGGGGCUUCAAAAGACGAAAUCGUCCGCCCGUGGAGUAACACAGAAGGGCCACCAAACAGCAGUAGACAUUUUCGGAGGAAGUACCACCAAAUCGAAUGCCCCCCAUGAAGGCCCACAUCAUGUAGAAUCAGCCUUAUUAAAAAACUACAAAGGGGUGAAAGUUACGGGCUCGUGUGGGUCCUACUUUCGAGUGUACCUAGUGCCGCACAUACUAAUCUAUGCCUUAACAAAGAACUCCAUCAUCCAGAUAGAGUCCCUCUUCGACGAUAACACGAGGGUCGAUUUUGAGUACGCCGAUGACAUUGUGAAUAAGUGCGAGGAGGGGAAGAACUUCAAGUUGAUUGUCUACUUGAAGGGGAACAUCUUGACGCUCAAGUGGAAGGUGCUCCCAUCGUCGGACCACUCGGCGGCCGGCACCAAGGCGGACGUGCGGAAGUUCAAACUCCCGCAGCUGGAGCGCCCCUUCAGCUCGAUACAGGUGUACACGGCGGACGUGAAGGCGGGGCUAAUCGAGAGCAAGAACUACGCGCUGGGCGCUGACAUCCCGGACAAAUGCAACGCCAUCGCCACGGACUGCUUCCUAAACGGAAACGUGAACAUCGAUAAGUGCUUCCAGUGCGCGCUGCUGGUGCAGGGCGGAGACGCCACCUCCAACGAGUGCUUCAACUACGUGUCGAAGGACCUGCAGGAUAAACAUAGCAACGCCAAAGUGAAGGGGCAAGACGAACUGAGUCCGAAGGAGUACGAGCUCACCGAGUCCAUUGACAUCAUCCUAAAGAACAUUUAUAAAGUAGAUACGAUCAAUAAGAAGAAGGUCCUCAUCAGCAUGGAUGACUUCGAUGACGUUCUGAAAGCGGAGCUACUGAACUACUGUAAGCUCCUAAAAGAAAUGGACGUCAAGGGAACUCUAGAUAACUGCGAGUUGGGAAACGAAGUGGACAUCUUCAAUAACAUGGUAAGACUGCUAAGUAUGCACCCUAAAGAGAAUAUCAUCACCUUGCAGGAUAAGUUACGCAACACGGCAAUUUGUUUGAAGAAUGUAGACGAGUGGGUUGAAAACAAACGAGGAUUGGUGCUUCCAGAAGGGGGGGAAAAAGCCGCACUUGAAGGGAACCCUACGGAAGUGGUCGAUGAUGAGGAGGAAGAACAUGCAGGGGAAGGUAAACUGCUCGAUCAGGACAUGUACAAAAAGGAUGAAGAUGGAACCAUCGAUUUGGUCAAAGCGGGAAAGGAGUUAAAGUUAAGGUCUCCUUAUUUUAAAAAUAGCAAAUACUGCAAUUAUGAGUACUGUGAUAGGUGGAAGGACAAAACGAGUUGCAUCUCAAACAUUGAAGUGGAAGAGCAAGGGAACUGUGGACUCUGUUGGGUGUUCGCAUCGAAGUUGCACUUGGAAACGAUCAGGUGUAUGAGGGGGUAUGGCCACUUCCGCAGCUCCGCUUUGUAUGUGGCCAACUGCUCCAAGAGGAACCCAAAGGAUAUCUGCACAGUGGGGUCUAACCCGAUAGAGUUUCUGAAGAUCGUGCAGGACACAGGAUUUUUGCCCCUUGAAGCCGACCACCCCUACCUUCACAAGAACGCAGGGAAUGAGUGCCCAGCGCCAAAGGAGAACUGGAUCAACCUGUGGGGCAAUAGCAAGUUACUUUUCCACAAAAUGUAUGGCCAUUUUAUGAGUUACAAAGGAUUCAUCUCCUACGAAAGUUCGCACUUUAAGGAUAAUAUGCACAUUUUCAUUGACCUCAUAAAACGGGAGGUGCAAAACAAAGGCUCCGUAAUCAUUUACAUCAAAACGAAGGAUGUUAUUGGGUACGAUUUUAACGGCAGAGGGGUGCACAACAUGUGCGGUGAUAAAACGCCUGACCAUGCAGCGAACAUCGUGGGUUAUGGUAACUACAUCAAUACGAAGGGGGUCAAGAGGUCCUACUGGAUUGUUAGAAACAGCUGGGGCUACUACUGGGGCAAUGAAGGCACCUUCAAAGUGGACAUGCUCGGCCCGAAGGGAUGCAAAUAUAACUUCAUUCACACCGCCGUCGUUUUUAAGGUGAACUUGGGCGCUAUAGACAUCCCCAAUAAGGACGUGGACCUCAACCGCACCUACUUCCCCAAGCACAACUCGGACUUCUUCCACAGCCUCUACUUUAACAACUACGAUGAGGAGGCGGACGGCGAGGAGAAGCCCGUCUUCCAGGGGGCGCGAAGCAGCGAGGAGGGUGGAAGUGGAAGUGGAAGUGGAAGCGGCGGUAGCGGCGGUGGAAGUGGCACCAAGUCCAAGAAGGGCUCCAAGAAGAAGCAAAUUUCAGGCCAAGAUGCAGCCGCCGCCACGGCAGGUGCCACUGGAGGUGCCUCCUCUAUCGCGCGUUCCGGCCUACCUCCCAAAAGCCCCAAGCCGAGCCCAUCAGCGGAGAAAAAGAUCCAAAUUCUGCACGUGCUGAAGCACAUUGAAAACUCCAAAAUUGUCCGGGGGCUGGUGAAAUAUGAAAAUAUAAGCGAGACGCAAAAUGACCACAGCUGCGCAAGGGCUCACUCGAAGAACCCAGACAGGCUGGACGAGUGCAAGCUCUUCUGUGAGGAGAACUGGAACAGCUGCAAGAACCACUACUCUCCAGGGUACUGCCUUGCCAAGCUGUAUAGCGGCGGCAACUGCUACUUCUGCUAUGUGUGA